AUGGAUUCGCCAUGGAAUGCCCCGAUCGACCUCAAGACACAGCUCUUCGGCUCGGCAGGGCUGCCUGCUGCGCAGACUCAGUCAUCCAGUCCAGCUGCGUCUCAUGUAGGCGAUCUCAGGCUGGGUCCCUACCACAGCAGUGUCGGUCAGCCGUACAAUGACCAAGGCAGUCAUCCAUCGUCAAGCCAGCAUCACAGACUGCCUCCCCUGAAUACGCGCAGACUGUCUGAAACGACCGAGCCGGACAAGGACAAGCCUCGCAAGCGGCGUCAACCGGCGCUCAGCAGGUUCGAAGCUUGCCAACGUUGCAGAGACCGCAAAGUCAAAUGUGACGUUCUCAGGCCCGCGUGUACUCCAUGCCGGCGAUCAGCUAUCGCGUCGGGCAAUGAGCCGGACGAUGUCGUUUGUCAAUAUGCCCGCAAGGAGGCUCAACCACGCCUGCGAUCAUCCGCUGGCUCAUCUGCGCCGGUCUUCAAGGCGGAAGCGCCUGCGACUGCCUACGAUGCGCAGCCAGACUGGCAAGAGAUGAUCCGAGCGCUAGAACAACGCAAUCAGAUUCUUGAGCGUCAGCUUGCUGAUCUCGCAUCCGCUUCUCACGCACGUUCGGUCAUAAGCGCACGUACGGCAACGGCAGCAUCGCCCGGUAUGUCAUCGACCGCUACCGAUUUAGCUUCAAUCUGGCCUGAAGUCGCUCUGCAAGCCAACGGCAACGUCUUCCUAGGCGUCAGCGGCAGCUCCAAUCUCGCCACAGCGCCUGCAGCCGCCACUCCAUUGCCCGAUCUGACAUCUUUCGAGCUAGAUCCACAGCUCAUGCCGGCAGACGAAGCGUCUCUUCAGCAGAUGCUCUAUCCGGGAUGGCCGAUCACGUUGCCUUCGCCCGCUCUUGUCUCAGCCCUCUGCAACGCCUUUUUCUCGAAAUCCCAUCUCUGCUCGCAUACUGUGAGCAAGGCCCGCUUCAUGGCUGCGUUGGACCUUCCUCCGCGUCAUCCCGACUUCCCUCAUACCAGCCUGAUCCACAGCGUCUGCUGCAUCGGCUCCUCGCUGCUCGCGCCCGAAGCUUACGGCAUCCACCUCGAGCAAUACUGGGCUAUAGGAGGCGAUCCUAGCCCUGCCGCUUACCAUGCAAAUCAGGCGCGCUAUGCAUGGGUCGCCGGAUUGUCAGAUGGUCAUAAGCUUCUCGAUAUGGCUCAGGCUACUAGCCUGCUUGUCUUCUUCGCCCUCGCGACUGCCAAGUUCACAGAAGUGUGGGCAUUCUGCGGCCUCGCUACAAGAACAUGUCUGCCCCUCGAGCUCAACAAGAUCCCACGACUGGAAUUCAGGAGUGACCCGGGGGCAGUCGACAAUCGACCUCGUAGAUUCUUCUUUCCGCCGAGCAAGGACUGUCACAUCUAUCAUGAACGGUCUGAGACCUUUUGGACAAAUUUCAUGUGCGAUCGCUUCGCCAGCGUUAGUACAGGCUGGGCGGGAGCGAUCGACGAAAAGGACAUUACUUCGCUCUUGCCCAGUCAAAUUCCAGAGGUCCUAGAAACAGUGACAGAGGACGAGGCUGUGGCUGCACUUUUCAUUCGUUCGCCUCAAUUCUUCACAUGCCAUCCGAACGGCCUUGUCGGGCCGAGACAGCUUGACAUCAAGGCCGUCAUCUUGCUGGGACGAGCUACGUACUAUGUCCAACGUUUGCCACCUCCUUUCGGAGACGGAGAUGCUCUGCCAGGCUGUACAAGAGAAAGCCUCAUAGAGUCCCCAGAAUUCAGACGUCUUGACGCCGAGCUGGUCGCGUUCAGACUGAGCUUUCCUCCUGCUUAUCGUAAUUUCAGCCAAGCGUUGGGCGACCGCUCACGUGCACUCUUUGACGUGGAGCUCAUCACCGCGCACACUGUGCCGCAUUGCUCCACCAUCUUGCUCCAUGAGCCCUUCGUCAGUCUCAACGCGACCGAUCUGCCUAGGGAGCGCUGUCUAGCUUCUGCGCGGUCCAUACUCAGCAUCAUCAAUGUCUUGAGAUCGUCCUCAUAUGACCUCAGCCUGCUCGCGACGUUUGCAAUACACUGCUGGUCUGUCGCCGGCCGGACUUUCAUUAGAGAACAUGCGAUACGUAACCAGAUGGGCGACCGGACACGCGCCGAAGAAGCAUUUCGUGACAUUCAGCAGAUCAUCGAAGCGCUCAGGAUCGUCGGUCGACGCUUCAAACUCGGUAUCAUCGUCGCCGGCACGCUGAGUGGCCUGCUCGCGGACUCUGACUCUUGCUUGCCGAAAGCGCUUGGUCCAUCGGAUAUCGGCAUGCACGUCAACACCCGAAAUUGGAGAGCGAAAUAUGCAGCUAGCAAUACCUCUUCGCGAGAAUCGGCCACGCCGGCAUCAAGCAUCGAGACACCCUCCUCUGCUGCAAUGCAGCCGACGCUGUCGAAAGACAUCUCACAGAUUCUCCUAGAACUGGAAGCACAGUCGCAUACGCACGCUGCGCCCGCACCUUCGGAGCUUCAAUCGAUGCUGGAUCGGCUCUCACCGUCAGGUUGGCAAUCUCUGUUGUAUCCCAUCUGA